AUGUGUAGAGCUGAGGCACACCAACUUUAUUCAAGAAAACCCAUAUUUGAUUCACUUGGUAUUCAACUAUUUGCAGUUCUUCAUGAGGACAUAGAAUCAGAGGUGAAAGAUUUUUGGCCUAGAUAUUGGGGUGGUGUUGUACUUCUUGAUCGCAGCAAGGACUUUUAUAAAGCUCUUGGUGGUGGAAAAUUACCCAAGGAGAAUUUUUUAUCAGGAUUUUUGCUGAAUCCAAAAGCACUUUCCAAUUUCAAGCGUGCAAAAACCAUGAACUUUGAGUACAAUUUUAAAGGUGAAGGUGAAAUAAAAGGUGGACUUUUUAUUAUAGGGAGUGGAAAAAAUGGUGUUGCUUAUCAGUUUAUAGAGAGGAACUUUGGUGAUUGGGCACCAUUAGCUGAAGUCAUUGAAAUUUGUACUCAAAUGCAGAAGAACAAACAAGAAGGUCAAAGGGAGUUUGUACUACAUUGAAAAGUUUCAACAGAUUGAAUAUGUUGGAGUUGGCAUGCAUUUAGUUAUUAUUUACUAAAACUAAACUGCUUGUAGUUCCAUCACUAGCACAUCCAGGGUACCUUUUUUAUACAAUAUUAUUAGGUGUUAGUUCAUGCA